UGCAACUUGUGAUUUUUGUGACGUCUCAAAAAAUUUAAACGGAACUUCCACCAGUUCCACCAUUGUCUUAUUGAGAAAACUUGUGGCAGUCUAUUACCAGAUUUUUUCAAAAUGAGCGAAAAAGUCGAAGUUAUCAAAGAAAAUGGGAAUGUUGCCCCAAUAAAAACCGAAAAACAGCUGGAGAAAGAGGCUAAGAAACAAGCAAAACUCGAUAAAUUGAAACAGAAACUGGAAAAGAAGCAAACUGUUGCCCCAAAAAAAGAAAGUGAGGUAAAAAAAGAAAAGAAAAAGGAAUUUAAAGAAACUGCUGUAUAUACAGCGAAUACUCCUGAGGGUACAAAGAAGAAUGUUUCAGACCCAUUACCGGAUGCUUACAGCCCAAAAUAUGUUGAAGCAGCGUGGUACUCUUGGUGGGAGAAGAGCGGAUUUUUCAAACCAGAAUAUGGAAAAAAGUCUAUUAGUGACCCAUCUCCUAAAGGAAAAUUCAUUAUAAUUAUUCCUCCACCUAAUGUAACUGGGACCUUACAUUUGGGUCAUGCUUUAACUAAUUCAAUUCAAGAUUGUAUUGUCAGAUGGCAUAGAAUGAAAGGACAAAUGACAUUGUGGAACCCCGGUUGUGAUCAUGCUGGUAUCGCUACACAGGUUGUAGUAGAAAAAAAAUUGUGGAGAGAGGAGAAAAAAACCAGGCAUGAUGUUGGAAGAGAAGAUUUUAUGAAGAAAAUUUGGAAAUGGAAGCAAGAGAAAGGUGAUAGAAUUUAUCACCAGUUGAAAAAAAUGGGCUCCUCAUAUGAUUGGGAUAGAGCAGCUUUCACAAUGGAUCCUAAGUUAUGCAAAGCUGUUGUAGAGGCUUUUGUUAGAUUGCAUGAUGAGAAUAUCAUCUACAGAGCUAAUCGCCUUGUAAAUUGGUCUUGCACUUUGAAAUCUGCAAUUUCAGAUAUUGAGGUAGAUAAAGUUGAAAUUCCUGGUAGAACAUUCCUUUCUGUGCCUGGUUAUGCCAAUAAAAUUGAAUUUGGAGUUAUAAUAUCAUUUGCUUAUCCAGUGGAAGGUUCUGAUGAAAAAUUGGUUGUGGCAACAACUCGUAUCGAAACCAUGCUGGGAGAUACUGCUGUUGCUGUUCACCCAGAAGAUGAAAGAUACAAGCAUCUUCAUGGAAAAUUUGUAGUUCAUCCAUUCUGUGAUCGAAAAAUUCCAAUUGUUGUCGACUCUUAUGUGGAAAAAGAUUUUGGUACUGGAGCUGUUAAAAUUACUCCCGCUCAUGAUCCUAACGAUUACGAGGUUGGAAAAAGGCAUAAUUUACCUUUUAUAACAAUCUUCAAUGAUCAGGGCGAUAUAUGCGGUGAUUAUGGAAAAUUCACUGGCAUGAAACGUUUCGAUGCUAGAAAAGCUAUUUUGGAGGCAUUGAAAGAGAAAGGUCUCUACGUAGAAACCAAAAACAAUCCUAUGGUAGUACCCAUUUGCAGUAGAAGCAAAGACAUUGUAGAGCCAAUGUUGAAGCCACAAUGGUAUGUCAAAUGUGAAGAAAUGGCCAGAAAGGCUGUUGAAGCUGUUAACUCUGGGGAAUUAAAGAUAAUUCCUGAAAUGCAUAUAAAAACUUGGCACCAUUGGAUGGAGGGAAUUCGGGAUUGGUGUAUUUCCAGACAGCUGUGGUGGGGACAUAGAAUACCAGCCUACAAAGUUACUUUCAAGACAAAGCCAGAAAACUUGAAUCUGGAUGAUUUCAGAGCGGUAGGUGAAACGGAGAUCUGGGUAUCUGGUAGAACAGAACAGGAAGCUUUGGAAAAAGCUCAAACAAAAUUCUCAACAACAGUGGACAACAUAACACUGACCCAAGAUGAAGAUGUAUUGGAUACUUGGUUCUCAUCUGCUCUAUUUCCAUUUUCAAUAUUUGGAUGGCCUGAUCAAACUGAGGAUCUUAAUGUGUUUUACCCCACGUCCUUAUUGGAAACUGGACAUGAUAUCUUAUUUUUCUGGGUGGCAAGAAUGGUUUUCUUCGGACAGAAAUUACUGGGCAAGUUACCUUUCAAGGAAGUGUAUCUUCAUCCAAUCAUAAGAGAUGCGCACGGUCGAAAAAUGAGCAAGUCCCUUGGAAACGUGAUUGAUCCAAUGGAUGUGAUCCAUGGCAUCACUCUUGAAGGUCUGCACAAUCAACUUGCUGAUGGCAAUUUGGACUCCAAGGAGGUAGAAAAGGCCAAAGCUGGUCAGAAACAAGAUUUUCCUGAGGGUAUUCCUGAAUGUGGCACAGACGCAUUGAGAUUUGCCCUUUGUGCUAUGUGCAGAGGACGUGAUAUAAACUUGGAUAUUCUCAGAGUGCAAGGAUACAGGUUUUUCUGUAACAAAAUUUGGAACGCAACUCGUUUCGCUUUGACCUACCUAGGAAAUGAUUUCGAAGCUCCUGAAAACAAUUCAUUAAUAGGCAAUGAAAGUCUUAUGGAUCUGUGGAUUUUGAGUCGACUCUCAGCGGCUGCACAUGAUGCAAACAAAGGUUUUGAAAUUUAUGACUUUUCCCUGGUUACCAAUUCCUGCUACAAUGUGUGGCUGUAUGAAAUUUGUGAUGUUUAUUUGGAAUACCUGAAACCGGUGUUCACUGGAGGAGAUGAAACUGCCAAAAAAACGGCCCGUGUCACACUUUACCGAGCAUUAGAAGUAGCUCUCCGUUUGCUUUCACCUUUUAUGCCUUUUAUUACCGAAGAACUCUAUCAAAGGUUACCCAGAUCUUCUGCAUCUGCGGAAAAAAUUCCCAGCAUUUGCAUUGCUUCUUAUCCUGAAGCGGAAGAAUUGGGAUGGAGACAAGUAGCUAUUGAAGAAGAUGUUGAUUUCAUUCAAAAAGUAGCCAAAGCUAUCAGGUCGGCUAGAAGUGAUUACAACUUGCCCAAUAAAACGAAAACCGAAGCUUAUGUAAAAUGCUCGGAUCCUACAAUUUCGAAUAUUGUAACGAAAUACAAUUUUCCCCUGUGUACUUUGUCCUACUGUUCGAAAAUAGCAACUAAUGAGGAGGUACCUGUUGGUUGCACUAUUAUAACUGUUUCCGACAAGUGUGAAGUGCAUUUGUUGCUGAAAGGGCUCAUUGAGCCUACUAAGGAAAUAGCGAAAAUUGAAAAGAAGAUGCAAAUUUUACAAGGAACUCAAACUUCUUUGGCAAAAGCUAUGAGUGCUGCAGACUACUCUGCAAAGGUACCUGUGGAAGUCCAAGAAGCAAACUCUGAAAAGCUUUCUCAAACUAAAAUUGAACUGGAGAGACUAGAAGUGGCACUUGGAAACUUGAGAUUGAUGGAAUAAAUGUGGACUAGAUUCAAAUAAGCUUAAAUUUUUUAAUUUAUUGAUUUAUUUUAGAUAUGAUUUUCAAUAAAUGCCAAUUCUUAUCAAAAUA